AGGAUGCCAGGCAGAAUGCAUCUCACGUUUCAACUCUUGUAGCAUCAAGGAAGCCAGGGGGUUUGUGUUCAAGAGCCAUUGAUGAGCCAUCGCUGAGCGAUUGCUGAUCAAACAGGGUGGAUGACUGAGGGUCAGAGCAUCAUCAUCUAGAAGGAGAUAAACAAGAUAGGGGCUGGGCGUGCUGGGAGGAGACGGUCACCAUGGCGACAGCCUUCUUUCAAGAUGGGGUGGGGUUGGAAGACAUGGCCAAACUGCAAGAGCUGCACGAGGGCAGCAUACUGGAGAAUAUCCAGCGUCGCUACGAUAAAGACAGGAUUUAUACUUACAUAGGUUCUAUUCUCUGUGCUGUCAACCCUUACAAGACCAUUCCUGGUAUAUACGGGGAUGACAUCAUGCAAGCUUAUAACAAGAGGCAUAUCGGAGAAUGUCCUCCCCACAUCUUUGCUAUUGCGAAUGACUGCUACUACUCUAUGUGGAAGAAGGGAGAAAACCAGUGUGUCUUGAUUAGUGGUGAAAGCGGAGCUGGUAAGACAGAGAGCACAAAGUUCAUUCUCAACUACCUAUCUGAACUGAGCCAGUUUGCCAUGGCGGGAAGGGAACAGGAGGUCAGAGUAGAAGAAGCUAUUUUACAGAGCAGCCCCAUCAUGGAAGCCUUUGGCAAUGCAAAGACAGUGUAUAACAACAACUCUAGCAGAUUUGGAAAGUUCAUUCAACUCCAGUUCACCCAAUCCGGUUCUAUAUGUGGAGGAAAGAUCAGAGAUUACCUGCUAGAAAAGAAUCGUGUAGUUGGACAGAAUCCACAAGAGAGAAAUUAUCACAUAUUCUACUGCCUACUCGCUGGAGCUCAACAAAACCUGAAAGGAAAGUUACAUCUUGGAGAUAUUAGCAAGUAUCACUACCUGAAUCAGAGUGGCUGUACAUGGGAUGAUACACUGGAUGAUAAAGGCAACUUUCAACUUAUAAAUGAAGCAAUGAAGGUAAUGCAAUUCACAGAUGAAAAUGUUGAUGACGUCUUUCAUCUACUAGCAGCUAUUUUACACAUAGGUAACAUCAAGUUCAUUACAGCCGGUGGAGCUCAAGUUGACAAUAUGAAUGCGGUGGAGACAGCGGCAUCUCUACUUCAUGUUGAUGAAUACCAGCUGACAGAUGCCCUUACACAGAAGACCAGAACGCUCAGAGGAGAGGUCAUUAGUACACCCCUCGAUCUUGAUCAGGCUGCUAAUUCAAGGGAUUCCUUGGCGAUGAAGCUAUACGCACAGUGUUUUCGAUGGAUCAUUCAGAAGAUCAACAAUCGAAUCAAAGGUUUUGGGACGUACUGCUCCAUCGGCGUCCUUGAUAUCUUUGGAUUUGAGAACUUUGAGGUGAAUCGUUUUGAGCAGUUUAACAUCAACUAUGCCAAUGAGAAGCUUCAGGAGUAUUUCAACAAACAUAUUUUCUCUUUGGAGCAACAUGAGUACGAAGCUGAGGGUUUGGAAUGGGUCGACAUUGCUUACCAGGACAACGGAGAAUGUUUGGACCUGGUAGAGAAGAAACUUGGAAUCUUAUCGUUGAUCGACGAAGAGAGUCGCUUCCCAAAAGGAACAGAUGAAACCAUGCUUGGUAAACUGCAUGAUACACACAAUAAAAAUGUGUUUUAUGUGAAGCCACGAGUAACAGACAAGAGGUUUGGGAUUCGUCACUAUGCAGGAGAAGUGUUUUACGCUACUACAGGAUUCCUUGAGAAGAACAGAGAUACAUUCAGAGAUGAUAUCCUACAUCUCAUGAAAGAAAGCAGAUCUGAUUUCAUCUAUGAUCUGUUUGAGAAUGUUGCCGAGAGUCAGCAGUCAGGAGGAAGGGGUAAAGAUUCCAGGAAGAAAGCUACCGUUAGUGCUCAAUUCAAGGAUUCACUGCAUUCUCUGAUGUCUGCUCUUAACAACUGCAAUCCAUACUUUGUACGAUGUGUCAAACCAAAUACUGAAAAGCAACCCACCAAGUUCCAGCCCCAGGUUGUUUUGAAUCAGCUUCGUUACUCUGGAAUGCUAGAAACGAUUAAGAUUAGAAGGGCAGGAUACCCAGUCAGAAGAUCCUUUCAAGAUUUUGUUGCAAGGUACAAGGCAUUGCUGAGCAAAGUGACGGUGAAGAAGAUGACGUCAUCGGACGAUGCCAAAGAGAAGUGCAGAGUACUCCUCUUGAGUUACGAUGAGACGAAGAAACAGUGGCAGCUUGGAAAGAAUAAAGCAUUCCUAAAAGAGACGUUGGAGAAUACACUAGAGAGGGAAAGAGAGAGGAUGCUAGGAGUCAAAGCUGAUCUGAUCAAAGCUGUCUUCAAGGGACAUAUGCAAAGAAAAAAAUACCUACGUACAAGAGCCAAGAUCAUCAUGGUACAGAACAUAAUAAGGAUGCAUCAGAAGCGCCUUGCUUUCAUGCGUGUGAAGAAUGCAGCGAUCGUUAUGCAGAAGUAUGAGAGAGCUCGGAAAGCCAGGAUGUAUCUUGGUUAUCUGAAGGAAGAGAAGAGGAAAGAAGAAGAAAGAUUGAGGGAAGAACAGAGAAGGAGAGAAGAAGAGGAACAAAGAGAGCUGGAGAGACUGAAACAAGAAGCAAAGCUGAAAGAGAUGGAAGAAUUGCAGAGGAAGCUUGAGGAAGAAGCUCGACAGAGGCAAGAAGAAGAAGAAGCCAAGAGAAAACAAGAGGAAGAACUUAGAUUGGCCGAUAUCGAGCGGGCGAGAGAAAUUGAAAAACAGAAGAUGAUCGAGGAACAAGAAGCAAGGAAAAGGGCUGAGGAAGAAAGACUUAUCAGAGAGGAGGAGGAGACAAGGAAACGAAGGGAGGAGGAAUUACUGCGAGAGGAAGAAGAACAGGAGAGGGCAUUGGAGGAGGAGGUUGCAAGACGUGAAGCUGAGUUAGAACGAAUGAGACAGGCUAGGUUAGCCGAGGCUGAAAAAGACAUCAUGCAGGAUUUUGAUCAACAAAUUGCCAUGUUUGAACAAGAUUUGCCUGAAGACGUUUCUGAGAUGGAUGAAGAUGAGGAUGAUGACACCAUUUCAAGGAAAUCUGAUGAAACACAGUACUUUGAGGGUUUCCUCCAGAUGAAAGCUGGAGGUAUGAUGAACACAUGGAAGAAGCGUUGGUUUGUCCUCCGAGAUGAAACCUUGAUGUGGUUCAGGACCAAACAGGAGGCAUUAAAAUCUGGAUGGCUUCAGAAGAAAGGAGGAGGAACGGGAACAUUAUCAAGACGUAAUUGGAAGAAGAGAUUCUUUGUUCUGAAGGAUACCAUACUUUCCUACUAUGAAUCUGACUCUGAUGGUGCUAAACUUCUUGGAAAGAUUGACAUCAGAACCGCUGUGCAAAUCAUUGAUAGCAGUGUAGGACGAGAGAACUCAUUAGAACUGAUCACAGACCAGCGUACAUACCAUGUAGUAGCUGAUACUGCUGAUGAAUGCAGUGAGUGGUACAGUGUACUAACCAGAGUGAAGAAUGCCAAUGAAGUAGAGCUCCGUCUGAUGCGGGAUGAGGAGGCUAAUUCAAAGAAUGCCAUCGGUUCUCUUGAUGUGGGUCUCAUCGAUUCAGUCGUACCUGUCAAUGUGGUAGCCAAGCCAAAUGCGUUUGCUAUCAUCACAGCAGAAAGAGUUAUAAGCCUUGUAGCCUCAGCAGCUGAAGAAAUGAAUAAUUGGCUCACAGCAUUGACCCAAUACCAUAAGGGUCAGCGAACCUACCGGAAAGAGGAGGUCAUCCUCAGCGGCUGGAUGACCAAGGAGAACACCACGGGGAUCGCCAGGGCCGGAGGCUCGCGCAAGAAGCGUUACUUCGUCCUGACUCAGCACUCGCUGGACUACUAUCGUAGCAUCGAGUGCCAGCAGAAGAUGGGGGCUAUCGCGAUCAACAGUCUCUGCUCGGUCACGGAACCGGAUGAGAAGACGCACAAGGAAGAAGAUGUGCAUAUAGUAAAUGAUGCACCCACAGACUAUUACACUAACGGAAUCGAUAAUGAAAAUGAGAACCCCACGUAUGAAAACCUUCCCGUGUCUCCGUCGUUAAGUAACGGUUUUAGAGGGCGCAAGCUCAGUCGUGUCCCCACCUUAAUACGCACCCGAAAGAAAUCUAAGUCGUCAGGGCCAGAGGGUUGCUGGAAGAUUACCCUUCACAGUCGACGGACAUCCCUCAAUCUCUACACAGCGUCUAACGAGGAGGCAUGGAAGUGGACCAAUGCUAUCCAGGAUGUGAUCGAUACCAAACCACCCCUAGAAACACCCUUCCAGACUCUCAUCAAAGAAAUAAGGGAGGCGAGUGUGUCAGGCAAUGCUAAGGGAUUAGAAAGAAUCUACCAGCUUAACCCUAUCCUGAGGAGUACGCCCCAUCCACUCAAGGCUCCACUGUUACCCCUUCCGUAUGGACACAUCAGCAGUAAUCCAGACAAGGGUUACUCCACCCUACAAGACGAAGCAGUGAAGAUCUUUCCAGCUCUACAGGGUUCACUGGACAAUGUUCCUGAUCCUCUACCUCUUAUACAGACAAUCCUCCAGACAGCACACGACCUGAAACAGUUGAGGGACGAGGUCUACUGUCAAGUUGUCAAGCAGACCACCCAGGUCCUCGAUCCAGACGGUCACAACAAUCUCCGCAACUGGCAACUAAUUGCCUGUAUGGCAGCAACAUUCCUUCCAAGCCGCAAUAUCCUCAGAUACGUUCGCUUCCACAUAAAGAGACAAAUGGACCUGUUUCCAGACACUCAAAUGGCUAAGUAUGGUGCUUUUGCUUUGGAUGCACUCAAGAGAACAAGAACGAGAGAAUUCCCUCCAUCCAGACAAGAGAUCAUUGCUAUCUUGGGUCGGAGAGAGAUGAAUGCUACCGUCCAUUGUCACGGUGAAGGCUCGUGUCAGAUCACAAUCAAUUCAUCUACUACUGCUGGUCAGGUCGUACAUACAUUGAUCAAAGGAAUGGGAUUGGAGAAAUGUCACAAUCGCUUUGCACUCUAUGAGAGAAGUGGACAAGUAGAAAAGGCCAUUGAUGACAGGACUGUGAUUGCAGAUGUUCUCACAAAGUUUGAAAGGUAUACAGCCAGGAAUUUGAGCGACAGAGGCAAGCCUUGGCAGCUCUUCUUCAAACUGUUCUGUUUCCUCGAUACCAAGAAUGUGGAACAGGAUAGCAUAGAAUACAGCUUCAUGUAUGAACAGGCAGUUGAGGAUGUUCUUCGUAAUCAAUUCCCAGCAUCGCAUGAUAAACUAGUUCAGCUAGCUGCUUUGAGGAUGCAAUCUCUUAAAGGGGAUUAUAUUGAUGGAGAUUGGAUCCGAGACCUGUCAUCGGUGUAUCCUGUGGAAAGGUUUAAGAACGCCAACAAGAAGGAAGAUAACGACUUUGCCGGUUUCCCAUCUCUAAAUAGAUCUAGGAAAGAAGGCGUCAUCUCGGGAACAUUGAGAGGGCUAGGAGAGAAGACUCUAAAAAGGCUUCAAAAGGCAGCAUCAGAUGAAUCAAUACUUGAUACUGUUUAUGCGGAUGAUAUCUCAGCUACAACUACAGCAGUCAUUGAGAAGUGGAAGACCUUCAAGCACUUCAGUCCAGAGCAAGCGCAAGAAGCCUUUAUGAGCAUCAUCAGGCAGUGGCCGUACUAUGGCGCCCGUCUGUUUGAGGUCGAAUGUAGAGACACCCGGUAUCCGUCAGGUCUGUGGUUGGCUGUCGGGGUUGACAUGGUCGCCAUACACAAGCAGGGUAUGGCUCAUCCAAUUGAAGAAAUCACAUAUGAAAAGAUCCUUUCAUUUGGUGCACCUAUCUUGAAUGAGUACAAGAUCGUGGUAGAAGGAAGGAGAGAUGAACUAACAUUUGAAACAACUCAGGUGUUUGAGAUCGCUAAACUGAUGAAGGCAUACAUCAAUGAGAUCGUCCGCAAACGACAGCAAGAUUCGUGAUUCAGACAACUCCCUCUGCAAACGACACCAGGGUAAAUCAAAGCUAUACAUGGAUCAUUCCUGGGCCCCAUCUUACAAAGAGUUGCGAUUGAUCCGAUCAAUCACAACUAUGGAAUGCCAGCAAUGUCAACAUCUAUUAUGCAUGAUUGAUCAAAAUAUUUUCUAACUGUGAUGUAUAUUCAUGCAUUCGUUGUUUUCUUGAAAAUUCACUGUGCUUCUCUUUGUUUACAAAGGGCAUUGUGCAAAUUUCUUGUAGAAAAAAUUAUGACACUGAUGGAUUUCCAUAGUUACAAUUGAUUGGAUCAAUCGUAAUUCAUUGUAAGACAGGGCCCCGUUUUGCUUCUAGCAAAUCAAAGUAAAAUCAUGUGUUGCUGCAUUAUGUUAGACAUGACACUGUUUCUAGUAUCACCAAAGUUGGAUGUUAUGAAAAGUUUUUUUUUUAUAAUGAGUUUUUAUACUAAAUCAUUUUUUAAUGCUUGUUUGUUCUGGUCAUUAGUUUGUCCUUCAAUCUGUCCCAAUUACGUUAUCGCAAUAACAACCGGGUUGUGUUUCACAAAACUAAAGUUAUACAUGAUUUUACAAAUGAUUCGAACAUGUUCUUAGGUGCUAAGUCAGCAACAUGGGGAUAUAUCACAUGGCGCAAGAAAGGAUCACCAGUCAUUCAUAAAGUCAUUCGUAACUUUUUAGGAACAGUUUUAUGGAAUGGCCUCAUGUUUCACUAAUGAAACUGUAAUUACAUAGGAAUACCGAGGGUCCGAUUAGUUCUGAGUUAUUAUUAAAGCUCAAUGGUGUUAGGUCACAUUGGAUAUUACAUACAGGAAUAUAUCUUGUUCAUGAGGAAACAACUUAAAUUAGCUCAAGGACACAUAUAUAAGGGAUGAUAAUGCAAUAUUGUUCAACAGCCGUUGUAUACAUGUACAUCAAAAUAUGUUGUUAUCCUGAUAAAAGCACCAUUUUAAGGAAUAAAUUCAAUAUGGGAUUUUAUAAAUGUCGCAGUGACAAUGAUUGGAUUAGUUUUGGGGGUCACAAGCUCAAGGUGUAGAUGUCACAUAAUAUCUAAUAUAAAUGGUUCAUUCUUCCAAGAAACAGAGAACAGUUUGGCAGAUUAACUUCAAACUUGGCUCAUGUAUGCAUUCAGAAAUGGCAUUGUACAGUGAUUAUAUUUAGGGUUAGUAGAGUCAACAGUGAAAGGUCACGCAGUGCGUAUCAGAUCUGGCAAUGGCCAAAGCAAUAAUUUGAUAGCACUCAUUCAAGAAUCUUUGUAAUUUGUUAAUUACACUUAAAGGUAGAUAUUCAGCACAAUUAUGUAAUCCUAACAUGUUUUAGAUGAAGAGAUGUAAUUGAUUAGGAUCCUGACCAGUAAUAUAUACAUGUAUAUUCAUUUUAAAAAAAUAGUUAUCUGGUGCAAUUUCUACAAUAUUGCUGUUAGACCUGCAUACAAUUACCUAGUAUGCCAAUGCUAGAAUAGAUGACAUGAUAUUGCAUUUGAUCUAAUUGAUUGAUGUAUAAUUGUUGGUCUUUCUUUUAUUUUCUUUCAAUUUCUCUGUUGGUGUGGACAACUCAUUUCCUCUCUUUUUGGUGCUAUGGAACUUUGUGGGUCUUGUAAUGUAUUCAGAGUCCACAAAACAAUUGCGUUUUUUUAAUAUCUACAUAUGAUGUACAUUGUAAAUAAUGUUAAGCCGGAUGCAGGCCUACAUAGAAUUGGCAUACAAUGGGUUGAGUGGAUCGAUUAGAAACAUGACGCGUGUGUGAUGAAGAUCCACUUAUUGAUCACGAUAUACAAGAAUAUGAAUUACAUAAAUAAAUUGAAGAUUUUAGUCGAGAGAGAGAGAGGAAAAUUGAGAAUCAAAAUCAUGGACACCUUUUACCGUGAUUAUAUUAAGGUUUCUAAAACAAGAAAAUCGAUCGUAGUCAAAUAGUUUGGGGAAGGUGUUAAAUAUUCCACUAUCUUCCAGAAAUAAGAUAAAAAAUAAUACUAUAAUAAUAUUCUUUAUAGCACUUGUAAAGAGCCAAUUAUCUAGUUUUGUCUUCAAUGGCCUACUAUAUAUUACCCUGGCGUUCACUCCAGCUGUUGUUAUAAGCGCUUGGUGAAUUCAAGGAAUAAUCUUGCCUGGUCCGCUUUCAACUCUCCUGGGUUGAUUGCGGCACAAUGUGGGUCAAUUUCUUGCGGAAGGAAACUACCCCAGAGCUGGGAGCUGUGACUCAAACCCUUACUUGUUGAGGUUUCUGUUUGGUUUUCUGUUUGAUUCCUAACUACCCAAACUCCAACAUUGUCAGUAUUUUUAUUAUUCUCGUAAAUAUAAGAUGCUGCAUUGGAAAUCUUGAUAUGUGUAUGUUUGUUAUGACCAAAGGCUUUGAAACAUGUCUGAAACAAGGAUAGAGUAGAAUUGAUUGGGCCUAUUCCGAGAGGUUUCAUGUAAAUAGAAACACUAUGAUACCCACUUGGCUGAGUAAACACAUGAUAUCAUUAGUAAAUAAGUCUUUAAGUAGUCCAAUAUAUUGUAUGAAAUGCUGUCAUUUUUAUGUACCAUAUUACAUUGUAAUGUUAACUCAUUAAAAUAAGUUUAUCUACACAUAGGUGGUUUGCUGAGAGAACAUUCUGUCAUCAGCAUAUUUUUUGUAAGCUAUGCAUUUUCUGCACAUACAUAAAUGUGUCUUUGUUCUUUAUGCGUCCGUAAUUUCUUUCAAAUCUUCCACGUCAUCUCCUGAACGGAGAUCAAAAACUUACUCCCUUCCCAAACUUAACUCCAGUUAUCUAUUGUUACCUUGAUAACUUCAUAUAAAACUUUGCAUAAGUUUGAUAUAAUGAAUUGCAAAACAAUUUCAGAGAGAGAAACAUACCCUACUUAGCAACGCAUCCCAAAUGUCUUUUGCAAGAUUUUGCAUCAAUCAGCCGUUUCUUGUACCUCCUGCUCCCCCAUCGAAUGUUUUGUCUGAAAGUGCCCUCUUAAAAUGGGGUUAACUGUAAUAAUGAAUACUUUGAGAGUAACAACAUAUAGGGGUUAGAGGAUAAUAUCGUGGAAUUAUGGAUUCAUAUGAAGACAUAAUUGGUUCGUUGUUUUUGGUUAGAUUUGUCCGUGUAAAAAAAAAUAGAAUUAUGAUUUAUACCACACAAAAAAUCAGUAGAUCACAUUUCACCCAACAGUCACACAUACAUCAGAUUUGAGAAUGAUUUGUUUUCCCCACCAAAAAUGUAGUUUUACAUGUAGUUUAGACAUGAACUUGUUGUCAAAUUUGACAUGAUGAAUACUUGUAGAAGAGCAUUAAGGUAUUUUGAAAAAUUUGAUUGUCCACAAAUUUGAUUUCAAUGCUGAAUAUAAGAUGCAUGUAAUAAAUGGAAGUGUAUUGCAGAUGUAGGAGUAGAAUGAUAAUAAUAUUGAAAUAUCAGUUUUCAAAAGAAUGUAAUAAAAUUAUAUAUACGUGUACAUUUUAUGUAAGGGUUAAGUGCACAGAGAAAUUUAAAAUGUUUGAGGUUUUUUUUCUUAAACUCAUUGUCACCAAAAUAUGUGUUUGUUGUACAGUUUUGUAUUGUAUAUUUAUAUUAGACAUUGCAAUGUCAGUGUAUUUUUGUACUUGAGAUAACAAUUAUUUUGUCUUUUAAAACUGAGCACUGAUAAUGUCUAUUCAGUAAUGCACACAUUGUGAAAUGUUACGGAGGCCUUUUUUAAGUUAAAUGACAUUGCAUUGCCAGUGGCAAUACUCAAGAAAUCAGUGAUACAAAUAUUUAUUCAAUGGCAUGAAUGAAUGGCACUUGCUUCAUUUAUACUUGCCAUUUCUUCUUAAUGAGAUACUUUUGAUAUUCCUCUAAUGACAACUCAUACUGAUGUGAAGCAAUGUCAAUCAAAUGUUCAGCAAAGAUUGAGGGGUUAAAAAUGAAUAUCAUUGUGGCAUUGACUGUCCAUAUUUUUAUUGAGUUAAAAAGAUUAUGAAGGUUGGAACAAAUUUGACAUUUGUUGUAGAUUGUAAUGAAUGAGUAUAUUUUGUUUGGCCACUCAGAACUAAAUGCUUACUAUUUGAUUAUUAUACUUAUAUAUUCUUUUAUACACAUAAAUAGUAAACUAUUAAAACUAAUAGAUAAAUUGAAA